UGACAUAUGAGGUAAGCGUCGAAAGUAUAAAACAGCUUCCAACUCCGGAAAAAUAUACACAAUGGAAUCCGGACCCAAGAAAACAGUCUUUAAUUUUUGUUCUUAUUUUCAACGGAAGCCAAAGUCAGUGACAUGAACAACGACGACGAUAAAGAUCCAUGGUUAGCACCCGACAAACUCUACCAUUUCCUCUUUUGCUUCUUUCUUACCCUCUUCUUCUCCGCUUUAGCUUCUCUAUCCCGCUACCAUUUUCUCCGUAGCCAUUCUACUCGGGUCGGAUCCAUCCUCUCCCUCUUAGCUGGCGCUGCCAAAGAGGUUGCUGAUCAACUCGGGUUUUUCCCCUCUGCUGGUGCUUCCGCCAGAGAUGCCCUCGCGGAUCUCCUUGGGGUUUUGGUAGCUGCAAUGGCGCUUUCUUUGUGGAAUAGGCUGCGCCGAUCCCGACCCGAUUCGGGAAACACCAGGCGGGUUUUGCCUGUUUGAUUGAGAUUCCAUGGUUCGUUUGAUAAAUGCUUAACUGAUUUUAUGUGUUUAAACGUGUGUGGCUAGCUGCUUCUUGGAUAGGAGACGUUUGGUUGCCGAGAAAAUUUUGUGAUUUUCUUUUUCAUUUUCUUUUGGACUAGUUGUGGAAUUGGGAUUAAUUUCUUCACAGGAUUGGCGUUUUUAAAGAGCAUAGGAUUGUUCGAUUGGUGAGAAAUUGAAUGCAAAGAGAAAUGAUAAUUUUUCAAGGUUUCGGGAACUUGAGAUUCUAUUUCUGGGAUUAAAACUAUAGAAUAUGUUGGCUGAUGUCUAAAACAAAAGUUUGACAAGGCUAAUGUACUUCUAUAAUUCAUUUGGCUUUGUUUGCCUGAUGGCAAAAUAUGUGAAAGCAAGGCGAAAGCUUUGGAUUUUGGCGUUAUAAUCCAUUUGGCUUUGUUUGGUUGAUUGGGAAACAAGAGACACCGAAGCAAAAUCUUUGGAUUUUGGCUUUGUUUGGUUGAUGGGGAAACAAGAGAAAGCAAGGCGUAAGGUUCGGAUUUUGGCAUUAUAAUCCAUUUGAAUUUGUAUUUUGGCAUUAAUGGUGUGUUCUUGUUGUUCCUUCGGAAAUUUCCUGGUGCUUAUUGUAGCUAGUUGUAUUAGAAACUUUCAAGGAAUAUUUUAUCAGCUUUCGCUUAGUUCUAUGUGUGGAGAUUUCUUUCUUUUUUUCAUGUUUUCUUUCUUUAACGAUCCAGAUUCAGACUUGUUCCUCAUAUCAUGCGUAUAUUGGGGUAUGGUCGUAUUCCCUGCGCAUACAUCAAAAGCAUUAUCCUCUUUGAUGUCUAUAAACCCCUCCAGGCUUUCACCCAACGAUGCACCUCUGUCGACUCCAACCAAGCUUUGGCCUUUCGAGCAGAGGUCCUUGGUUUGAACAUACCGAGUGCUCGUACUUAGCAUUCACACCCGAGUCCAAAUAAUAUAUACUCUAUACUAUUUUCUUAAUGUGAUUGCUCUGCUCAACUGAAUACUAAAGGUUCAACAAAGAGCUAAAGAGAACAGUUUGGAAGAAAAUAAAGAGAGUUGCAAUAUCCCGUUGUCAAUCCUCUGAUACAGUCAUUUUGCAAUAUCUAGUCAUGGAGUUCUGAUAAUGGAGGUUGUUGAUGGAUGUUAAUACCCCCUGAAGCAGCUCCUCACGAUUGAUAGCGUCUCACCGUCUUCAUCAGGCAUCUCAACAGCAGCAUGGGUUCCUGCAUCACAUGGCUUUGUUACUUAGAUUCAAAUGUGAGUGUUGAAUAGAGGUAUGCAUCUAGCACAGGCAUGGUUAGAUUUUUCUAAAUUUGUUCAUGUAUUUGGAGGGAGGGUUCUUUCAUUCAGCUUUUUGCGGCUUCAAUUAUGAUUUAUGUUACUUUUGGCUUGAUUAUAAGUGUCGAAGAUGAGUAUAUUUUCAAUGUUGUCAAGAUUUCUAUGUAGUUGAAAAGCUUUUUGAAA